GCUCCAAUGUGGUCCAAAGAGUUCCAGUGUGGAGGAGAUGAGUCUGCUCUCCUGGACUGUAGAAGCUCAGGCUCAGAUAGGAACACCUGCUCACCUGGCAGAGCUGUUGGACUCACCUGCUCAGAGCCUGUCAGGUUGGUGGGAGGAGACAGUCGCUGUGCAGGAACACUGGAGCUGAAACAUGAAGGAGAAUGGAUACCAGUGGAUGAAUAUUUCUCUAUCUGGACCCUGAAGACAGCAGCAGCUGCCUGUAGAGUGUUAGACUGUGGUUCUGCUGUUUCUGUAAAACGGAGAGAGGAGUCCUCAGUCAGAUCUGUGUGGAGGAUCAGCUCUGACUGUGUCCAGUCUGGAUCUGCUCUGAGGGACUGUGCAUCUUCAUCUUCAUAUUUCUCUCGGUUUAUCCUGGAUCUCGUCUGUUCAGACCUGCUGCUUCAGCCCAACAUCUCCUGGUCCUCCUCCAUGGACGGGGUCUCUGAGGCCCAGCAGCAGCAGCAUCAGGAGGAGUUUCAGGUUUUCAGAGGCUCCACCUUCACCAUCAGCUGCUCCAUCCAGCAUCAGUACCCAGGAGGCUCCUUCCAGCUCUCCUUCACCUCCUCCACCUCAGCAAUCAACUACACCCAGCCAGCUGUCAAUCACUCUGCUGACUUCCUGUUUCCUAACCUCACCCAGCCAGCUGUCAAUCACUCUGCUGACUUCCUGUUUCCUAACCUCACCCAGCCAGCUGUCAAUCACUCUGCUGACUUCCUGUUUCCUAACCUCACCCAGCCAGCUGUCAAUCACUCUGCUGACUUCCUGUUUCCUGCUGCAGAGCCUGCCCACCAAGGAAGCUACAGCUGUGUUUAUCACGUCCAUGUUUUCUCUCAUAACUUCUCCUCUGAGAGCCGUCAGCUCUCUGUCUCUGUUGUAGAUCCACCAGAUCCACCAGAUCCGAGACCUUUUAUCAUCAGAGCGGUCGUCCUGCCACUGAUUCUGAUUCUGCUGGUGGCGAACAUUGCCUCUUACUUCUAUUUUAAGACACACAGGGUCUACAGGGUGCAGAAGCCCCGCAGAUGGGAGGACGUGGAGCUGGAUUAUUAUAACCUGGGUGUUCCUGCAGCUGAAGGAGGGCCGACUGAAGAAUAA